CACAAUAUAUUCACUAUCUUCAGCUAUUCUUUCAAUAUGAAAAUCAUCAUCACUGGCGCAGGUGGCUUCGUAGGUCAAACCCUCGCAGAGAAACUAUCGGAAGACCCAAAAAACGACCUCAUCCUCGCCGACGUUCACAAACCUUCAAGCCCAGCGCCAUCCAGUCAAAUCGAAUGUAUAGAAACCGACUUGACGGAUCCAAAAGCAUGUCAAGACCUCAUCGACAAAUCUCCUGACGUAGUAUACAUCCUUCAUGGAAUCAUGUCCUCCGGUUCCGAAGCGACUCUCGAGUUCGGGUUACAAGUCAACUUCGAUAGUGUUCGCUCACUCCUCGAUACCAUACGCAAGAAGCGAUCUGGAGUAAAAGUGAUUUUCACUUCAUCGUGUGCGGUUUUUGGUAGGGCUGCAGUAAAAGAUGUCGCCACCGAGACAGACAUCGUGCCGAUGCCGGAAAGUUCCUAUGGCACGCAGAAGCUUAUGAUAGAGUACUUGAUCAAUGACUACUCAAGGAGAGGAUUGAUCGAUGGACGGGUAGUGCGCUUACCUACUGUGUUUGUACGCGCCGGGGCCCCAACUGCUGCGGCUUCUUCAUUUGUCUCUGGGAUUGUGCGGGAGCCGCUCCAUGGAAAACGAAGCGAGUUGCCUGUAGAUCCUGAUAUUGGGAUUUGGCUUGUUUCACCGCGAACACUGGCUCAUAACCUGGUGCAUACGAUGGAUAUUCCAGCGGAAGAUUUUGGUCAUUUCAGGACGGUUUUGCUGCCAGGUUACACUGCAACAAGUGGAGAGAUUCUCGAUGCUCUAGAGAGAGUUGCAGGGAAAGAUACUCGAGCUCUGGUCUCUGACAAAAGAGACGAAACGAUUCAAAGAAUAGUACUAAGUUGGCCAGCAAAAUACGACACCACAAGGGCCAAAAGUUUAGGGUAUGCAGAAGAUGUAGGCUUAGAGCAAACUAUCAAAGAUUUCAUGGACUCUAUAAAACCGGCAUAG